UCACAUCUCACCCCUUUUACAGUGAAGCUGGGACCCGGAGUGAGGUACUGAUGUCAGCUAGGAAGCUCGGCAGCUGUGGUCGUGACAACAAUGAUGGAAAGGAGCCUCCUGGACCCACACCACUUCCUUUAAUUGAGAACCUGCUGCAGCUGGACCUGAAGAGAAUAUAUGUGACGUUAGUGAAUGUCGCAGGGUUUGUCCCGGAGCAAGGCUGGCCAGGAUGGAACUCUUCAUCUUCUUCACCUUCCUUCUGCAGCGCUUCCGAAUUACUCGGCCACCUGGGGUUUCAGACAAUGAACUGCGUCUAUCAGCAUCUGAUAGCCUGA